AUGAAGGAGAGUAAUGUCAAGCAAACAGUUGAGCCACUCAAGAGUAACACAUCUCUGUUAGGUUCAAGCAAGGAAAGAUUGGUCGCCACUGUUCAAAAGCAAAGGAUUGUUUGCAAGGAGCUUGAAGGUCGGAUUGCUGAACUGGAAAAAGAAAUUGAAAGGAACAGCAUUCCUAUUGAUGAGACCAUGGAGAAAGAUAUCUUGGCAAUUCUCGCUGAUGGUGGUGAUGAAGUAAACCCACAUGUGAACGUUUUCUGGAAGCAACAAAGAAAACUACUAUCAAUGCCAAAAUUUGGACGAAGGUACCACCCUCGCAUUAUCCGUUUUUGCCUGUCUGUUCACGCCAAGUCCCCAGCGGCUUAUAGAGAACGGUGA